AUGGAGCGCGCGCGCGCGUGGCUGGGGUUCCCCGCCGAGGGCGCGGUGGAGAACCUGACCGUCGUGUGCGCGCACUGCAACGCGAGACUGACGCCGUCGCAGAUGGACUACGACGCGGCGCGGGAGAGGCUCGACCCGACGCUGGCGGCGGUGUUUCGCCCGCUUCGCAGGGACGACGCCACGAACGACUUCUUGAUGCGGUCGUCGAGACGGCCGUGGGUGGUCAACUGGGCGCAGAGCUACGCGUGCACGCAGCUGCGCAGGUUCGUGUCCCUCACCGACGCGAACGCCGUGUUGGGCAGAGGGAAGAUGAUGGUGCUCACCGAGACGCAGGCGCGCGAUCUCCUGGGUGGGGGGGGCGACGGGGGUGCCGACCGGGGUGCCGACCGGGGUGCCGACCGGGGUGCCGACCGGGGUGCCGAGAGGAAAGGCACGCUCCUGGACGUGGGCGCCGGCGAGGGCGAGGUGACGACACAGCUGGCGGCGGGUGGUUCGUUCGGAUCCGUCGUCGCCACCGAAGCGUCGCCGCCGAUGUGCCGCGCGCUACGCGCCAAGGGCUUCGACCUCGUGGUCCAAUCGACCACCAUCGAGGACGUCGCGUCACUCGCCAAAAAGGCGAACGUGCGCCACUUGCGACCCGACGGAAAGUUUGAGUGCAUAUCGCUGCUCAACGUCCUCGACAGGUGCGACGCGCCGUUCACGCUCUUAACGCAGCUGAGGUCCUUGCUCGCGCCCGGCGGGACGCUGGUGCUCGCGGUGGUGAUCCCGUUCAGGCCCUUCGUCGAGGACGGCAAAACGCACCGGCCGCCGAGAGAGAGGUUGCCGCUGCCGACGGACGGGACCUGGGAGGACGGCGCUUCACAGCUGUGGCGGAAAGUUUUAAAACCCGCGGGUUUCACGUGCCGACGGCUGGCGAGGACGCCGUACAUCUGCGAGGGGGACCAGCGAAACGCGGCGUACGUGCUCGACGACGCGGUGUUCGUGCUGUCCGCUUCCGACGCGGGUGCCGACGAGGGUGCCGACGAGGGUGCCGACGAGGGUGCCGAGUCGGUGGAGGACGGCGCGGGCAUAUGA